GUUCACUCAUAACGACGCAUUUGGCAUGCUAUCACCAUUUGCAUGACUUUGGCUUAGGCACCGGUAAGAUUCCAAACACCGUGUUCUUGAUAUGAAUGCAGCUACGCGUUGUUGUCCCGACAGGGGGCUUCAUGCGAGAGAUUGGAGAGUGCCUGGCUGCCUGCCAGCAUAUCCCAGCCCAAGGCUCCCAGCUACAGCCUACAGCCAUGGUACUCCACAGAGCGGUCAGCCCUUCAAUCUGUGGCUGUUAAACGAGUUCGGGCAUCGGUGUCCCGCUUACCCUUCCCUGGGUAGGCCGCCUAGAAAAUCCCUUUCUUUGUCCCCGGCGACCGACUCUGCGACAGCUGAGAUGAGCAAUCCUACAAUUUCACGAGAUUACUGGACACUCUCAAUGCGAGUCGACGCUACAAUGACAGCAGUUGCUACUCUGGGCAGCCUUCGCCAUGUCGCAGUUCCUCAUCCUAAACUCCCCGCAAUAACCAAGUCUCCGCAGAUCAAGUCAGCACUAUGGACACGUUGCCCCGAAUGCGAUAUCCGUAGCACCGCUCGGAGGAGUCGGACUAAAUCAUCACGAUAGUUUUGGGUGCUCAUGAUCGACAGCAGGUGCAGGUGUCAUCACCCCGCGCGGACACGCGGGAGCUCGUGUGCUCUGGGGUUCCUGAGGAACGCGAGACAAGCCAGGCCAGACCACUCGGAACUGUCAUCCAGCAGUGCUCCGCGUCAUGAGUUGACAGUUCAAGAUGUCUGCAAUCCAAAUGCCUUCCCCGCGUCAAUCGUCGCAGGGCGCGCACAGGUGCCUGGUGUGACUGCACGCAUCUAC